AUGUCGCUGAGGCCGAGCACACGCGCGGAGCUGAGGAAGAAGAUAUACAAGACAGGUGUCGAUGCCGAUGAGGCGAGGCGGAGGAGAGAAGACAACCUCGUCGAGAUUCGAAAAAACAAGCGCGAGGACAGUCUCCUCAAGAAGCGCCGCGAAGGCAUGAUGCUCCAGCAGCAGCCUCUCGGAGCAGCUGGUCUCGAUGCCCUCCAGAGCGCUGCCGCCGUUGAGAAACGAUUGGAAGGUAUACCAAUGAUGGUACAAGGUGUUUAUUCUGAGGAUCCUCAAGCUCAGCUAGAAGCUACUACUCAGUUUAGAAAGUUGUUAUCUAUUGAGCGCAGUCCUCCAAUUGAUGAGGUGAUCAAAGCUGGUGUUAUCCCUCGUUUUGUUGAGUUUCUUCGAAGGCAAGACCAUCCACAACUCCAGUUUGAGGCUGCAUGGGCUUUGACUAACGUUGCCUCAGGAACAUCAGAUCAUACUCGGGUUGUGAUUGAACAUGGGGCCGUACCUAUCUUCGUUGAGCUUCUUAGCUCUGCUAGUGAUGACGUUCGAGAGCAGGCCGUGUGGGCCUUAGGGAAUGUUGCUGGAGACUCGCCAAACUGCAGGAACCUUGUUCUCAGCUGUGGUGCUCUUGCACCCUUGCUGUCUCAGUUAAACGAAAAUUCAAAGUUAUCCAUGCUAAGGAAUGCUACAUGGACCUUGUCCAACUUUUGUCGUGGGAAACCACCAACACCAUUUGAAGAGGUGAAGCCUGCCUUGCCAGUUCUCCGGCAGCUUAUUUAUCUGAAUGAUGAAGAAGUUCUCACUGAUGCAUGCUGGGCUCUCUCCUACCUUUCAGAUGGCCCCAAUGAUAAGAUUCAGGCUGUGAUCCAGGCAGGUGUCUGUCCACGACUUGUGGAGCUUCUGAGUCAUCCAUCACCUACGGUUCUCAUUCCUGCCCUCCGAACCGUUGGGAACAUUGUAACCGGUGAUGACUCUCAGACACAGUUUAUAAUUGAUAGUGGAGUACUUCCACACCUUUAUAAUUUGCUUACGCAAAAUCACAAGAAAAGUAUCAAAAAAGAAGCUUGUUGGACAAUCUCGAAUAUCACUGCUGGGAAUAAAGUUCAGAUAGAGGCUGUAGUUGGCGCUGGUAUUGUCCUCCCUCUUGUGCAUUUGCUCCAAAACGCGGAGUUCGAUAUAAAGAAGGAAGCUGCGUGGGCUAUUUCAAAUGCUACCUCAGGAGGGUCUCAUGAGCAGAUUCAGUAUUUGGUAGCACAAGGCUGCAUCAAACCUCUUUGUGAUCUUCUAAUUUGCCCUGAUCCGAGGAUCGUGACAGUGUGCCUAGAGGGGCUCGAGAACAUUCUCAAGAUUGGUGAGGCUGACAAGGAGAUGGGGUUAAACGGUGGAGUAAAUCUCUAUGCUCAGAUAGUUGAAGAAUCUGAUGGGUUGGACAAAAUAGAAAACCUUCAGUCCCAUGAUAACAAUGAGAUAUAUGAGAAGGCUGUUAAGAUCUUGGAGAGAUAUUGGGCUGAGGAAGAAGAGGAUGAGCAGAUUCUGCCAGACGGUGUCAAUGAAAACCCACAACAGGGCUUCAGUUUUGGGAAUAACCAGACCGCUGCUCCCCCUGGUGGAUUUAAAUUUGGUUGA